AUUGAAGCAAACAGAAGUUCACACAGCUAUUAAAGGUCUGACGUCAGAUUUGAAUUCAGAUCUUGACUCCAGACCCAGUGCUCUAUCCACUGAGCCAUCUAGCUGCCUCCUCCAGAAUAAACUCAACUAGAUGUCCAGCCCACCUCUCAAACUCAACAUUUCCCAAACUGUCUCCCUUCAACCAGUCCUCCAUCUGACAUCACUAUUUCUGUUUGUGGCACCAUCAUCCACCUGCUCCCCAGUGACUGAAAAACUUGAGCUAUGACCUUUAACCCUUCCCUCUCCCUUACCACCUAUGUCAGGAACCACGUGUGGAAGGGCCAGAGCCUCUUAUAGAAGGGGUAGAAUCUCAAAGAGUGGCCAUUCCAGACGGGAGAGGGACAGGCUUUUCAUCAGUGUUGAUUCCAGUGCAGGGCUGGCCCUGGGCCUACAGCCAUGGGCCGGAUAGCUGUGGUCAUCGACAAUGGCAGUGGCUUCACCAAGGUGGGCUUUGCUGGGGAAGAAAAGCCUCGAUUUAUACUGAAGACUGCCAGUUGCUUGCCCAAUUGUACCAGUGCCAUGCGAGGCAUGCCUUGCCACCUGGACGCCUUGGGCAUGGCCCCGAGCCAAAGUCGCCCCUUGAAACACGGGAUGGUAGUGGACUGGGAAGCCAUGGAGAGCUUAUGGAGCCACCUCUUUGCUUGUGGCCUGAAGACCAGCCCUAAAAACUGGCCUGUCCUUAUGAGUGACUCACCCACCAGUCCACCCAGUAGUAGGGAGAAGAUAGCCGAGCUGAUGUUCGAGAGAUUCUCGGUGCCAGCUUUUCACGUAGCCAGUACAGGCCUGCUGGCCCUGUGCUCCGGGGGGAGCCUCAGCGGGUUAGCGGUAGAGGCCGGGGCAGGCGUGUGCCACACCACACCCAUCUACGCCGGCCACACCUGGCACAAGGCCACGUUCCGGCUCGAUAUGGCGGGGGCCGCCCUGUCUAAGUACCUUCACGGACUGCUGCUGGAGGCCUGUCCUGACCCGAGGUUACAAGCCCUCCCCCGGCGCGCCAUCACCAAGCUGAAGAAACAAUUCUGCUAUGUCUCUUUAGAUUACGAGGCCGCGCUACAGCGUUCCCCCACACCCCAACACCCAUCCACUAGCUUCCACACAGCCAAUGACUGCCUCGUGACCCUGACCAAUGAGCUCUUCCGCUGCCCCGAACCUUUGUUCCAGCCGAGCCUCCUGGGCCACAGCUCUCCAGGCCUGCCCAGCCUGGCAUUCCAGGCGCUGCAGGCGGUGCCCGAAACCAUUCGGCCCAAGCUAGCAGCCAACGUGGUGGUGGCGGGGGGCUCCACGCUCUUCCCUGGCUUCCCUCAGAGGCUGGGCCUGGAGCUGGAGGCCCUGUGCCUGAAGCAGCAGCAGCAACAGCAGCAACAGAGGCCCGCAGCGACCUCGGGGACGGUGUUGCAUCCGCAGCUGGUGGCCAAGCCUGAGCGGGGCCUGGCAGCCUGGGUGGGAGGCUCGAUGGCUGGCUCGCUCCGCCCCUUCCAUCGCCUCUGGGUAUCACGCGCCAUGUAUGAGGAACGAGGUGCGGGCUGUGUGCAUGAAGUAUUUGAUUGAAUAAAAGGGGGUGUUCAAAGGGA